AUGAGCGUGAAUCGUACGUUCAAUGCUGGACUGAGGUGGUGCUACAACGACUUCGCCACUGAGGGGAUUGACCCCCUCACGCCCACAGGAGAGCACUGGCCUUCGUGGAAAGCCAUUCCGGAGGAGCUUCUGGUCAAGGCAUUUGAGACCACAGGCACCGAUGACCACCUCGUCCUCGCUCACAUGCGGGAUGCGGUGCAGGUGGAGUUCCACGACGGCGUCCACACUGCAGUCGAGGUGGAAGAGUGGGUGAAUCCACUCUACGUAAGCAUGGCAGAGGAGUUGGAUGACACCCAUGCUGACGAAGCAUCAGAUGACGAGGACGAGUGCAAUUACGACCCUUACGACCUCACCACUCUGCCAGAGGAUGACAAGGCAUCCCGCAUAUUCAGUAUGAGGAGGCCUAUGUAG